ACCGGCACACUAUGCGGGGAGGAGCAGCUGUCACCCUCAGUCUCCGGGUGUCACCCGCCUCCCCCACCAGCCAAUAGGACGCGGCGUUACAUGCGGCGCCUCCCACUCCCCCGUGCUGGGCGCUAGGUGAGUGUAGUCCGGGACAGACACAUCCUGAUAGCGGCGGCAUGCUGCAGCUCCGGAGCGCCCUGAGCCGGUCCUGUGCAGGACUGCGCCGGCAUCACUGCGCGGUGGCCGACGUGAAGAAUGAGCCCAUCCUGGAGUUCAGGCACGGCAGCCCCGAGCGAGAGGCUCUCCACAAAGCGCUACACAACCUUCAGAACAAGACGGAGGAGAUCCCGUGUGUGGUCGGGGGAGAAGAGGUGUGGACGAAGGAUGUACGAUACCAGGUUUCGCCUUUCAAUCAUUCGCACAAAGUCGCCAAAUACUGCUACGCGGACAAGGACUUGCUCAACAGAGCCAUCAACUCCGCGUUGUCCGCACGCAAGGAAUGGGACCUCAGGCCGGUAGAAGAUCGCGCUCAGAUUUUCUUCAAAGCCGCUGAUCUACUUAGCGGACCCAGAAGAGCAGAGGUCCUGGCAAAGACCAUGAUUGGACAGGGUAAAACUGCGAUUCAGGCUGAGAUUGACGCUGCCGCCGAACUUAUCGACUUCUUACGAUUUAACGCCAAGUAUGCCCUGGAGCUACAACACCAGCAACCGAUUAGCGUUCCCGUCAGCACCAACAAGAUGGUAUACCGGGGCCUAGAGGGUUUUGUCGCCGCAGUCUCUCCAUUUAACUUCACCGCUAUUGGGGGGAACCUGGCAGGAGCCCCGGCCUUGAUGGGUAACGUGGUGCUGUGGAAACCCAGCGAUACGGCUAUUUUGUCCAGUUACGCCGUGUACAAGGCUAUGCGGGAAGCCGGCCUUCCUCCCAACAUUAUACAGUUUGUCCCGGCGGACGGUCCGGUCUUUGGCGAUACGGUUACAGCUUCAGAGCACCUAGGUGGAAUUAACUUCACCGGGAGCGUGCCAACCUUCAAGCGCCUCUGGAAACAGGUAGCAGAGAACCUUGACCGGUACCGGACGUACCCUCGUUUAGCGGGAGAAUGCGGAGGAAAAAACUUCCAUUUUGUGCACAAAUCUGCCGAUUUGGAAAGUGCGGUGAACGGCGCGAUCCGAUCGGCCUUCGAGUACAGCGGUCAGAAGUGCUCUGCCUGCUCCCGAAUGUACGUUCCCGACUCUCUGUGGCCCCAGAUCAAAGCCCGACUGCUGGAAGAACACGGCAAGAUCAAAGUGGGAAACCCUGCAGAUGACUUCAGCACCUUCAUGUCUGCCGUUAUUGAUGAGAAGUCGUUCAGGCGGAUACAGGGAUGGAUAAAGCACGCCGAGCAGUCGCCCAACCUCACUAUCCUGGCCGGAGGCACCUGCAGCGACAAAGAGGGGUAUUUCGUGGAGCCCACUAUAAUCGAGAGCAAAGAUCCCAAGGAGAAAAUAAUGUUGGAGGAAAUAUUCGGACCAGUGCUAGCAGUUUACGUGUAUCCAGAAAAUAAAUACAAAGAGGUUCUGCAGCUGAUAGACUCCAGUUCCCCAUAUGGCCUCACGGGGGCAGUGUUUGCCCAGGAUAAGAACGUUGUGCGUGAGGCGACAGAGAUCCUGCGGAACGCGGCUGGUAACUUCUAUAUCAACGACAAAUCCACAGGGGCGGUGGUGGCCCAGCAGCCGUUUGGAGGGUCCCGGGCGUCGGGUACGAACGACAAACCCGGUGGCGUACACUACAUCCUGCGCUGGACCUCGCCCCAAGUCAUCAAAGAAACCCACGUCCCCCUGACGGAAUGGAAGUACCCUUACAUGCAGUGAGACAGCCGUUCAUACAUGUGUGCACACGUGUUCACCAGAGGAACAGGCUGCAAACAUGCUCUGAGCUCUCCCAAUGAUGUUAAACCCUCAUGGAACGACAAUACUGUCUCCAGACUACUAACCCCGAACGCUGCACAACAGUAUUUUAAAACCAGUCUUUUACUUAUUUUAAAAUCUGGAUUAUUUUUUAUUUUUUAACUGAUAACCUGGAAAGUCUUCCUACUCACAGUACAAACGCUAUUGCGCACCGUCGCCGACACCUUGAAAUGCAAGAGACAAAUUGCAGUCAGGCCCCCCCUGACAAUUCUUAUCGAGGCGGCGCUGGCAGGCAGCCAUAUUGUGUCUCUCUUUUCCUGCUGUUAACUUCCUAUAAACAGGUAGCACUUACAUAUCCUACAAGUUCUUUAUUAUGUUUUUAGGACACUUUGGUGAAAUAUAGAAAAUAUAUAUAAUAAAAGGAUAUAUUAUAUAGGGAAAUCAAGUGUUUUGUGCACUGGUGGCCACUAGAUGGUGCCCGAUGGAGCAAUUCAAGUGUUGUUCAUUCAGGCGCACACAGCUGCUGACAUCACUGUUAUAUUGUUCCGUCAUUACAAACCACAAGCCACAUUGUAGUUUUUGAAGAAGUCAUUGCACUUAUGUGAUAUUUCUAGGUUCCCCAUUUCUCACAUUCCGCCAGCAGUUUGGAAAAAAAAUCUUUAAAAUGCAUCCUCCGCCUAAAGACAUUGGGGGUCAUUCCGAGUUGAUCGCUUGCUAGCAGUUUUUAGCAGCCGUGCAAACGCUAGGCCGCCGGCCACUGGGAGUGUAUUUUAGCUUAGCAGACGUGCGAACGAAAGGAUCGCAGAGCGGCAGCAAACUUUUUUUGUGCAGUUUUAGAGUAGCUCAAAACCUACUCAGCGCUUGCAAUCACUUCAGACUGUUCAGUUCCUGUUUUGACGUCAAGAACACGCCCUGCGGUCGCCCAGCCACGCCUGGGUUUUUCCUGGCACGCCUGCGUUUUUCCGAACACUCCCUGAAAACGGUCAGUUGACACCCAGAAACGCCCACUUCCUGUCAAUCACUCUGCGGCCACCAGUGCAACUGAAAAGCUUCACUAGACCCUGUGUGAAACUGCAUCGUUCGUUGUAAUAGUACGGCGCGCGUGUGCAUUGCGCUGCAUGCGCAGAAGUGCCGUUUUUCCCCCCUCAUCGCUGCAGAGCAAACGAAAGCAGCUAGCGAACAACUCGGAAUGACCCCCAUUGUGAUGUUUCAGCAUUUAGUUAUAACACUGACUUACAUUUUUGCAUAAAAGAAAACAUAUACAUAUAUAUAUAUAUUUUUAAAAUGAAUAAACUUACAUGUGCCGAGACAGCUGCCUUCCCUCCUUACAGCAUAUAAUGGGCCUAAUUCAGACCUGAUCGCUCGCUAGGUUUUUUUUGCAGCGCUGCGGUCAGAUAGUCGCCGCCUAUAGAGGAGUGUAUUUUCGCUUUGCAAGUGUGCGAUCACAUGUGCAGCCAAGCGGUACAAAAAAGUUUUGUGCAGUCUCUGAGUUGCCCAGAACUUACUCAACCGCUGCGAUCACUUCAGCCUGUCCGGGCCCGGAAUUGACGUCAGACACCCGCCCUGCAAACACUUGGAAACUCCUGCUUUUUUCCAAACACUCCCAGAAAACGGUCAGUUGCCACCCACAAAGCCCUCUACCUGUCACUCUCCUUGCGAUCGCCCGUGCGAAUGGAUUCUUCAUAAAACCCAUCACACAGCAACGAUCCGCUUUGUACCCGUGCGACACACGUUCGCAUUGCGGUGCAUGCGCAGUUCUGACCUGAUCGCAGCGCAGCAAAAAAAAAAAACUAGCGUGUGAUCAGGUCUGAACGACCCCCAAUAUAUGGUAUAUAAUGAGGCCUCUGUGUACUACUGAUGCCAUGGCUGAGCUAUACUGCCAGAUUCAUUACAUUAUUCCGUCCUAUUUCACUAUUUCAGACCAUUUUAUUUUUUAAAUCGCUCUCUUGAUUGUAAAUAAAAAGCAUCGGUUGUGUACGUA